ACAGUUGCCUUGCUUUAUAGUGUUUUUGGGAAUUUGCAUGCCACAAGAAUUCUUCUGUUUUUGUAAGUUAUUUUAUAAUUUUGCCUAGAGUUCCUGAAGAUUUCUUUCUUUUAAAAAUUUUUUUUAACGUUUAUUUAUUUUUUGAGACAGAGAGAGGCAGAGCAUGAAUAGGGGAGGGUCAGAGAGAGAGGGAGACACAGAAUCUGAAACAGGCUCCAGGCACAAAGCCUGACGUAGGGGUUGAACUCAUGGACUGCGAGAUCAUGACCUGAGCUGAAGUCGGACACUCAAUUGACUGAGCCACCCAGGUGCCCCCUUUCUUUACCUUUAAUGUCUAAUAGUUUUAUUAGAAUACAUAUCAGGGUUGGUUGUUCUGUGUUAAUCUUUCCUGGUACCCAGUGGAUCUUUUAAAUGUGUGGAUUCAGGAUUUUUUUUUAAGUUUAUUUGUUUAUUUUGAAAGAGAGGAGAGAGAGCAUGUGAGCAGGGGAGUGGCAGAGAAAGAGGGAGAGAGAGAAUCCCAAGCACUGUCAGCAUAGAGCCUGCUGUGGGACUCAAACCCACAAACUGUGAGAUCAUGAGCUGAGCUGCAGUCAAGAGUCAGAUGCUUAACUGACUGAGUCACCCAGGUGCCUCAAGAUUUAGGUAUUUUUAAAUUGAUGAAAUAUUUUUUGGAUUAUAGUUUUAAAUAUUGGCACUAUCCUAUUGUUUUGAUUUUUUUUAAGGACAUCAAUUAUAUUAGGUCUCCUUGGUCUAACUUCUAUUUCCACCUCUUUCUUUUUGCCCUUUUAAAUGUCAUUUUAUUUCCUUUGAUUGUCUGAUUUACUUUCAAGCUGUUUAUUAUAUUUUAAUUUGAAUAUUCUCCCUUUGGUACUUUAAUUUUCAUUGCUGACACAAGUUUUUUGGCUUUUCUUUUUUCUUGAGUUUAAUCAACUCUCAUUUCACCCCUUCCUCAUUUUAAAAACUUUUUUUUUGUUCUUAGAUUUUAUAUUUCUAAUUCAGCAUUUUAUUUUCAUAUACUUAAAUGUUUGUUAUGUCUUUAGCUUUCCUCUCUCAGAGCAUAAUUGCUCGGUGUUUAUAACUUCUCAAAGUUCUCCAGCUGAAUUAAUUGAAAAACAUCUUGAACCUUUUCCUAGCUCACAAAUUUUUGGUAAAGUUUUACACUAGAGACAAUAAAUUCCAUGGGGAAUGUGGCUCUUGAUCACACUGUGAGGCUCAAUUUAUUUUAAAUAGUUUAAGCAUCUCAAUAUUGAAAACCAGUCUUUGGUCUUCUAGUGAGUGUGAGUGGGUUUUCUAAACUAAAAAAUAGAACCUAAAACUCAUUGGCUAGCUCUUUUCUGUACCUGUUUUUUUUUCUAGUUUAUAGUUUCUAAAUAGAUGAUCUAAAGACCGACUAUGGGGAUGAUUCCCUGAAUCCUUCCCUUUGUGAUUUACCUGCAUCACCACAGGCUGUUCAUUUUCUAAAAGAUCAUAGAACCCGUGGAAUUUUGUUGUGUGGAAGCAAGAUUGGCACUGUUAAUUGGCAAUCACAAUCACAAAAUCAAAGUCACUAGAAGGGAAUUCAUUGUCAUGGAAAUAGUGCCUCAGCAACUUGACCAGUCACUAGCUGAGUGACUCAGAAGUCAGUUAAACUCUCUGGCUCUUCGCUGCCUCAUCUGUCAACUAAGAAGAUGGGAUUCAUGGUCUUUAAAUUGCCUUUCAGCUCUGAAGUUUCCUCAGUUGUGCCUAAUGUCUUAGCUGUGAUGAAGUGGCUCAGCCCACUGGGGGCCUCCGAUGUGGAGGAAGGAACCUGUGGAACAGUUUUGUUGUGAAGAGAGCUUCCUGUGUUCCAGGGCACACCGCGUCAGUCUCCUCAGCCCUUUGAGUGACAUCCCUUUGAGUGAUGGGCUCUUGCAACAGAUGGAGAAAUUGCUCCUGAUUCUAAGGAGGAGAACCUUUAUGUUCAAGUCUUUGCUGUAAAACUGAACAUUACUCAAACAAGGUGAGGGGACUUCUAAGUAGAGCAAGAAUAUGUAUUUAGAGAGAUGGUGGCAUUGAAAUGUUCCCGAUAACUCGCAGUUGCCUGCCAUGUUCCUGCUAUUCACAGGGAAGGCAUAAUAAAUGGAUUUGGACAAGUUUUAUAUCAACCAUGGGUUUUGAUGUCAUUUCUGUAAGGUGCUGGAGUGGCCAACCACUUUCUCAUCUGGCUGAGGAGUGGUGGUCCUCUCUCCCUUUCUAGAAAGGCCUGGGUUUCAGCCUUGGCUCAGUCAUUCACAAGCUGUAUUUGGGCAGGCUACUUAACCUCUCUGAGUCACAAUUGACUCACCUAUCAAUUAGCGACCUCAAAGUGGUACAGGAAGAAUUAAUUGAGGGGACAAUGGUUAUCACAGUCCAGCACGUAGUAGCUACUGAUUAAAGGACAACAGUAUCUGCUGCUGUGGCUGUCGGGGUGACAAUGACAGUGACAAUGGUGAAAUCAGGUCACCACAUGCUUGAGGUUUCCUCCGGCCACCAGAGGCUGGAUUGUUUUUGUUUAAGAUUUUUAAAGUUUAUUUAUUUUGAGAGAGAAAGCACACACAGAGGGGAGGAGCAGAGAGGGAGGGAGACAGAGAAUCCCAAGCAGGCCCCACCCAGGAUGGAGCCCCACAAGGGGCUCGAUCUCAUGACAGCGAGAUCAUGACUUGAGCUGAUAUCCAGAGUCCGUCGCUUAACUGACUGAGCCACCCAGGCUCCCUGAGUCUGUGGGUUGUUUUUGGUGUUUCCUUGUUUCCCUUCCUCUGGAACAGAAAGGGAACCUCCCCUUGCUUCGCCUCUCCUGUUCAGUUGUUCUUCUUCAGUGCCCUUCUUUCAUGCCACGCAAUCCCCCGUUUCUUCUCCAGUGUUAGCCAGGUGACUCACCGAGGAUUCUCUCAGUGUAUUUUCACCUUCUGUAUAUCUUCUAGUUUUUACUAUGAGAAAGAUUAGUGAUGAGGGAGGUAUUUAAUUUAUUUCAGUGUGGGAGCCCAAGUGAAAGAAGAAAAAAAUAAAAGGAAUAAGAAAUACUUCAGGGUAGUCUUACUUUUUUUUUUUUUUUUUUUUAAACUGAGGUAUAGCUGACACACAACGUUACAUCAGUUUCAGGUGUACAACAUAGUGAUUUGACACCUUCAACCCAAUUUCAAAAGCAGAGAAAAUCUUUGAGAGAUUCCUCUGCCUCGUGUCAUGAACGUGCUGCUGAAUCGCAUGUAGUUACAAGCUUCCUGAAGGUGAGAGCCAUCUUUUGUUCUUCUCUUGUAUGUCCCAAAUUGCCUGGGCACAGGGUAGGUACUUAAUAAAACAUUUGGUUAAAGAACUGAAUUAAAAUAAAUCCUCACCUCCUGCUGACAAAAAAUACCAAUGGUGGGAAAACUGAAAGACAGAAACAAGCAAACUGGUGCAUCCCCAUAUAUUACAUUCGAACUGUUGUUUGAUACUGACCUAUAUUCUCAACAACUUCCAGAUGUCCACUUGGACCCCAGGUAUCAAAAUUUUCUCGAAAUGUUUGUAAAAAUUCAUGAAGAUGUGGGAUUGAGCAAAACCAUAGGACCUGAGAGAAUCCAGAAACUUAGAUAAUUCGUGUAAGGAAAAUAUUGAAGAUAUUCUUUAGAAAGGGAGAACUAUGAAUGAAAUUGGCAUUUCUGGGAAGUAAAUGGAGGAAACCAGGGAUUCACGAGACGUUUACUUGAGAAUUUCUCAUGCAAAGGCAUGAUGAGAAAUGUUAAGAAUGGGAGAAUUGUUGGUAAUAUGGAUACUUAUUAAUGCUGAAAAUGUUGAUUAUUAUUUCCAGUGUGGUAUACUUGAAAUAACAUACCAGUUGGAAUAAAAUGAUCUGGUUCUUGUUCUGGAUCCACUUCUUACUGGGAGGCUUCGCUAAUUCCCAACCCCUUUGAGCUUUGGUUUUCUCCCUUGUGAUAAGGAGAUCAUGGAGUUUUUUUGCAAGAUAGAUUGCAUGGUGUCUUGUAUAGAGUGGACUGUUGGGCAGUGAAUGGAUAAACGUUUGUGAUAUUAACAAAUAAGUAAAAUAAACCAAAAAGAUAAUAUGUGCAAAAGGGCCCUAUUAACAGGCAAGUGCUAAAUAAACAUGAAGGAUUGUUGUUAUGAUGUGUUUGUUUUGUCACAGGGCUCUUCUCUGAGAUACAUUUUCUCCAGAUGGAGUCCAUGGCCAUUACAAAUAAUGUGACUGAAUUAAUUUUCACUGGCCUGUUUCAGGAUCCAGAGGUUCAGAGAGCGUGCUUUGUGGUGUUUCUUCCUGUGUACCUGGCCACAGUGGUGGGCAAUGGUCUCAUUGUUCUGACAGUCAAUGUCAGUAAGAGUCUGCGUUCCCCCAUGUACUUCUUCCUUAGCUACUUGUCCCUGGUGGAGAUCGCUUACUCCUCUACUGUUGUCCCUAAAUUCAUCACAGACUUACUUGCCAAGAUUAAAACCAUCUCUCUGGAGGGCUGUGUGGCUCAGAUAUUCUUCUUCCACUUCUUUGGGGUCACUGAGAUCCUUUUGCUUGUGGUGAUGGCCUGUGACCGCUAUGUGGCCAUCUGCAAGCCUCUUCAGUAUAUGAACAUUAUGAGCCGCCAACUAUGUCAUGUACUGGUGGCUGGCUCCUGGCUUGGGGGCUUUUUCCACUCCAUUAUACAGAUUCUCAUCACCGUCCAGUUACCCUUCUGUGGUCCCAAUGUGAUUGACCACUACUUCUGUGAUCUUCAGCCAUUAUUCAAGCUUGCCUGCACUGACACCUUUGUGGAGGGGGUUAUUGUGUUGGCCAACAGUGGCUUAAUUGCUCUGUGCUCCUUCCUCAUUUUGGUGUCCUCCUAUAUUAUCAUCCUUGUCAACCUGAGGAGCCAUUCUGCAGAGGGGAGGCGCAAAGCCCUCUCCACCUGUGCCUCUCACAUCACAGUGGUCGUCUUGUUCUUUGGACCUGCCAUCUUCCUCUACAUGCGACCCUCCUCCACCUUCACUGAGGACAAACUGGUGGCCGUGUUCUACACAGUUGUCACCCCCAUGCUGAACCCCAUCAUCUACACACUCAGGAAUGCAGAGGUGAAAAUUGCCAUGAGGAGGUUGUGGGGCAAAAAGAACUUAGGGAUGGAAUAAAAAUGGGAAAGUGAUAAAGAAAAACAUCUAAUUAUUCUUUGUUUUUGAAAUGAAUUUUGAUUUCAGUGGGACAUUCAGGAAUGGCAAAAACAAAUGUAAGGACUUAAUGUUACUGUUGCUGUGAUUCUCCUUAGUAACCAAACACUUGCUUGUAUCUUGGUAUAAUGUUCCAAGGGAAGAGAUCAGAUUGCCUCUAUGAUAUCCAAGAAUAUCAUGAGAUUGGGUAACAUUGAGACUCAAACUAAAUGGCAAAUGCAAAGGAGAAUAUUUUGACAGAUGUUUUGUAAGUUAAAGUACUUCUAUGACAUACUUCCUCUCUCCUUCCCUCCCUUCUUCCCUCCCUCCCUUCCUCCCUCCCUUCCUUCUCCCUUCUGUGUUCAGUCUCCUAAUGACAAGAGCUUAUAUUUCAUUAAGAAGGAGAACCAAACAGAGGAAUUAUCAUGGGAUAUUUGAGGAGAGUGCCAAUAUAAUCUUCUCUUCCACUGUGGAGAAAUGUAUCUUUGAAAAUUGUUUUUGGGGGCACCUGGGUGGCUCAGUCGGUUAAGUGCCUGACUUCGGCUCAGAUCAUGGUCUUGAAUUUUGUGGGUUGGAGCCCCAUGUGGGGCUCUGUGCUGACAGCUCCGAGCCUGGAGCCUGCUUUGGGUUCUGUGUCUCCCUCUCUCUCUGUCCCUCCCCUGCUCACGCUCUGUCUCUCAAAAAUAAAUAAACAUAAAAAAAAAAGAAAAUUGUGUCCAUGAAUUUUUCUAUUUUCUGAUUGGUUCUUGGUGUCUUGUACCAUGGACUGUCUGAUUACAAGUACCGAAAAAGUCCCUGGGGCCAUUUCGAUUCUUGUGACAUGUUGGUACAAAAGGUAGGUCUUCAGUCUCCACAGGCCUUUUCACAAUGUCCAGUAUCCAUGAGUUAAAAAAAAUAUAUCAAAAGGGCAUAGGUUCUAGAUAGCAAUAGGGAAAGAUCAAGUCAAACAUUUUAACGAAAAGAUC